AUGAAUGAUGGACAAGCGUUGGAUCAUCCUGAGGUCACUGGUGUCAACAGCCCUAAUGACAUUGGAGAACUGCCUCAACCCUUUGCCAACAUCCGAAUUUCUCCGUAUUCCUGGAACGAAAGCUUCAACAAAAACGAGCCUCUGAGCCCGAACUCCGCCCAAGGCGCUCUUCGAAAGCAGCUAAUCAGUAUAACGCAAGAAGCAAUGCUACCCUGGCGUGCCAAGAUAGAUGCUCCGCCUGUAUGCGAUGAUGUCGACGACUUCAAGAUGUCUCCAAUGAUCGAUUCACGUCGCCCUCCAAACCGAUACUUGUCGGCAUGUCGAUGGCAAGAUGUAACGCAGUCUCGCUCGCCUCAUUCGGGUAGCCUGACGAGCGUGGUUCCCCGCCGUGUGGCCAACACGAGGCAUAAUCUGAUUCCCCGUCAUGCGUUCCGGCGAUCAACUCAACCUUUUGGAGUUGUUCACCAAGCAAUCAUGACGAAGGAAUUUGUUAGUGGUCGAUAUUGCGAUGAGACAAUGCUCCAUCAGAAGCUCAGACAGUUGUUCCCGAACGCUUCGGGAGAUGAUAUUGGAGUUCGAUUCUCGCGAGGGAAAUGGAACCUUGACCUGCCGCGGUCCCUCACACCAGAAGAGCGGAAUCUCUUCAGGUCUUCUUCUGGACCUGGCCACUAUGCAAGCAUUAGGCAGGUUUCACGCGAGACGAGAAGGGGAUAA